AUGAAAAGACAAUUUAAGAAUCUGCAGGUUGCUCAAAACCAGCGGAAAAUAAAAACCAGCAAACCAGCAGUCACAAUUUCGGAAAACCAGCAAACCAGCGCUGGUUUGCUGAAGAUCAAAGAAUUUAAAGUCUUGUCGUUAAAUCUUAAAAAAAUAGUCGACGAGAAAACACGUUCAACAUCUGUUGAAAAAUGA